AUGGACAAGGAAAGUCUCGAUAGCGAUAGUAAGGACUCCAUCGUCCGACGUGCGUGCGACCAAUGCCGCCAACGAAAGAUCCGAUGUGAUAAACGGCCAGAAACCCCGGGAGCCGCGGAAACGCGUCCUGAUCUCCAACGAAUAAUUGAUGACAUCGGUGAGCGCUUGGGCGGCAUUGAGCAGAUCCUCCGCGAACUCAAGGCGGGCUUGGGCUCGAGCUCGAAUGCGGGCGCUCACUCUUGUGCUCAGGCGACACCAGUCUCAAGACACAUCAGCCCAAGUGCCCACGAUUAUAACUCCGAUCCAACCGAAGCAAUGGAUCAGCAAGAGUCCAAGACUGGGCUGGACGGAGUGAUGGCCACCCAGUCGGCUUAUGCGAGCAAAUUCCUGGAGACGGCAGUCUCUCGCAGCCCGGUGCAGAUGUCUGUUUCUUCCAAGGUCAAUGCCGCGGUUGCGACUCUCAAGCAGCUUGUCAGCAUCCAGGAUAAUAAUGCCUCUUCUUCUGCCCGCUCGAAACAGAAGCCGCUCUCUGGCUGUAACUUGGGAGAAAUGUCCAUGCCUCCGAUCCAUGUUGUUCUUCCGUUGCUCCGCAAAGCCAGAGAGAAUUAUGGAAAUGCUUUGCAAUCAUAUUGUCCCUUCAUUCCCUUUGAUCGCCUCACCGAAAAGUGCCGUGAAGUGUACUUUGCUACAGAGGAUUAUUCUGAUGCGACAUUCAUCGUGGCGAACGGAGGCCUAUAUCAACUCUUCGGUGCAGCUAGCUUCAUGAGCGAGGAUCCCGCCGUGCAAGAAGAGUACCAAAGAUAUGUUGCUAUGUGCAAAGGUAAUCUCGACAAGACGCUGGCGAACCUGCACCUUUUGAUGCCCGCCACCCCGGACUCUAUUGAGGCUUUAACCAUGGGUGCAUCACAUGCUAUUGAGAUUUCUAAGCCUUCCUUCGCAUUUACUCUGACAUCGACUGCGUCACGACUGUGCCAGGCAUUGGACUUUCACCGAAAGUCAUCGCUGGAAGGUACCAGCGCGAAGGAGAAAGAGCGUAGACUAGCUGUUUUCUGGUCAAUCUACUGCAUGGACCGAGCGCUCUCACUGCGACUAGGAAGAGCUCCAACAAUUCCAGACUACGACAUUGAUUUACCAUCGAAUUUCGGACCGACCGAUGUGGGCGAACCAUGGAUAACUGCCUUCGGUCUGUGGGUGCAGUUGGCAAGGAUUCAGGGUUUGGUUUACGAAAAACUGUACAGCCCUGCUGCCCUUCGCCAGGACCCGAAGUUCAGAAUGGCAGAGGCUCGCAGCUUGGCUGCCAGAAUGCAGGAUGAUGUUAUGUACCCAUUCGAGGUCAGUGUUUGCUCUCCUUUUUAUGAUGAAUCUAACACUAGGCAGAAGAUAUACCCCCUUCUGAAUAACAUGAAUCGCGUCGAAUCGAUAUACAUUCAAUGCGACGAAGUUUGCCGAUAUUCGACACUGACUUUGAUCUACCGAGCCAUCCCACCACAGGCAGGUGCCACGGGCACUUUUAUCAACGAGUGCAUUCAAUCUGCUAGGAACGCUCUCCAGUCGCACAAAUCGUGCAUGGCAGUUUUGAAGGAGGCCACACCAGCCACAAAGCUCUCGUAUCUGCAUUGGUCUAUUUUAUACUCGCCAUUCGUUCCGUUUAUUGUCCUAUUCUGCCAUGCGAUCGAGGUCUCCUCCUGGGGAGAUUUGGAUCUGCUCGAUGACUUCGUGGUCUCCCUAGAACCAAACUGUCCCCUCUCAACUGCUAUUGCCAAGCUUCACCGGCUCUGCCAGGCCCUUAGCAAUGUCGCGCGGCUGUAUAUCGAGGCCAAAGCGGAGAGUCAGAAACAAGAGGGCCAAGCUCUCGCGUCGGUCGGCCACGAGUUUGAUACCUACCUCAGUGCUCUUGGCCUGGCUCCUCUCGCCGACGAGGGCGAUGCACGGUGGGCUACAGCCCCUGUACCUGGCACAAUGUCUGGAGACUUGAGAUAUCCUGAGGCAAACACCAUGAAUCAACCGGUGCAGCACAUGACACAACUAGGAAAUUGGUUCUCAGGAAACCAGUACAUGAUGGGCCUGCUGGAGGAGGAUAUACCGAUGUUCAAUCAGCCCCAUCUCGGCUAG